AUGUUGGCCAGCCACUUCUCAGAGGAGGAGACGAAAUAUGGAUCUUCCGGCCGCUUGGUCGAUUUCGCGACAAUCGGGCUCGUCAUCCCAGUUUUUGCCAUCUUUCUGCCGAACACGAUUGUUGAGCUCGGGCCGCGGAAUUUGGCACAAUUUGCGAUUCCCGCGAUCGUGUCCAUUUUUCUGAUGGUUUCUUCCUAUAGCGAUCGAAUCGAUUGGUCGCGCUUUCGACUGAAUUACGUCGCCACCAUUUCCUAUGCCCUCUACCUCAUCCACUAUCCCGUGCUCAAAUACGCGCAACAUCUACAGCCGCGGUAUUUUGAGUCGAUUCCAGUCUGGACCAUCGCGCUUCCGGUGACAAUUCUGCUCGCAACUGCCUGUCAUCACUUCUACGAAAAACCUAUGCUGCACGCGAAGAAGAAAACGGUUUUCAUGCACGUCGUGAUCCUCUUCAUCGUCCUCUUGAUCGUCGCCAUCCAGUGGAAGCCCAUCUUCAGAACUGACCGCGGUAGAUUAGAAAGCAUUCUCGAAGCCGUCGAAACAAGCAAAAAACCUGACCGCGCCCGAAGUGCAGCCAUUGAAGCAAACAAAAAAUGGUUCAACACCUACUGGCCACCCGCCACCCUGGUCAAGGAUGGAUUCAAAAAUCAGUUUGGGCAUUACGUUUGGCCGAACAACACGGGUCAGCUGCGAGUCGUCGUCGUCGGAAAUUCGUAUGCGGUGCAACAACAAGUUAUCGUCCGCAAAUUUCUGCCUCCAAGUAUGACCGCUAGCCUGGAUGUGUAUGCGGCCGCUUCAUAUUCCAUCGUUUUCCAUCGGCAUGAAAAGCUCACCAAGCUGUUCUGGGAGGAGAUGGAGCAGAGGAAAAAGCCAAACAUUGUUUUUAUAUUGAUGCGUUACGAAGUAUAUCUUUGGCCGGACAGCGCUGUCCCUCUCCGCCCUGGCAACGACGUGGCACUCAAUUAUUGGUUGCAAGCCGUCAAUCGUCUCUCAAAAUUCGCCGACCACAUAUUCAUCUCCAGCCAUCAUCCAUUCGAGGUCUCGAAAUACUUUGGGCAAAGAAGACUUGUGCAUGAUGUCAUCGCGGCGCUGGAGAAUGGCCAGGAUUUGACCAGGCUGAAUUUUCCCUAUAACGCAGAGAAAUUUGCCGCGGAUCCGGUGCGAGUGCGGAUUAACCUGCUAUUGCAGCAAUGCAAAAAGUGCCAUUUGGUGGACAUCGAAUCGCCGUUUAUAAACAAGGAGAAGAAUUGGGUGCAGACGUACGACCGCGUGACGAACAUUGUCUACUACGACGCUUGGAACCACUACACGGACGACGCACUGAAGUUGAUUGAGCCGAACUUCGAAAAAGCGAUCCGUGCUGCUCUGCCCGAAUAUUUCCCC